UUGCCGUGAUCACGUUGGGUGUUGUUGGGCCGACGCCACCACGGUUUCGCGUUUCCACGUCGGAAUUUUCUUCUCUACCCUCGUCCGUUCGCCAGACAUCGUUGUCCCAUCACAAAUCGGCAACAGACGUAAUAAUAAUAAUAAUGUUAUUUUUGUUGUUAUUGCUGCAUAAUUUCUACAUGUAGGCGACGGCGACGAGAUUUUUAGAACGAUUUCACAUUUCCCCCACCCCACGUUUUUCUCCACCGAAAACUUAUCACCUUUAUUCUAACGGGGUGAACAAACGGUGAGUGGGCGGGCAGCCGAGUUCGAUGCGUUGAUCACCGUCACCGCCGCUGUAACAACGGUCGGCAGAAACGCUAUGUCGGCCACGGCCACAGCCGUGUUGCUGGCCACAGCGCUGGCGCUGUUGCAGUGUGCGGCAACCGGUUACGCUGGACAGAGUGCGGCCAUACGGCACGGCCGUUCGCGGAACGCCAGGAACCUGCGGCCGAACUCACAGGCACCGGCUAAGCCGCAGCAGACGGCCACGGCCACCGUCAGCGAGCUGGACAACGACAUCGUUAACCGGCUGCUGCGGAUCGUCGAGUCGCAACAACAGUUGGGAGACAACUGCACUGCCGGCACGCACCUCAACCUCGGCGAGGGCGUCGUCGACCGAUACGCUCAGGAACGGUUCCGUGUGGAAGCCGACGUGGCUGUUAACAGAGCCAACAUGUUGACAAGGCUUUGGAAGUACGCUGGUCCCGAAGUCAUGGCCUCAGAAUAUCUGCUGCAUGCUGGCGUAAUUUCCAUGGUGGAGUUUGAUGAUGACAUAUUCGCGGCUGGAAAUUGUUACGAUCAGCACCAGUACAAAGACUAUCAGCUGUUCUGCCCAUACGCGUACAGGCUUCCAAAAGGCGAGGGAAUACUGGCUAAGGACUUGGCCGUUGAGUACAAGUACUUGACCAACACAAGUGAAUGGUUCUUUAUCGCCCGAAAGACCGCUGAAUCGGUCAUAAAACGCAACAAUCAGUAUAAACAUGCAAUCAACACAUAUACUUGGAAUCAAACAAGCCAUACAAAAAGUUUUCCUGAUGACAUCCUAGCUGUAUCAUAUGAAGAUGGCAAGUGGAGCAAACCAUAUUAUGACUGUGGAGGCGGAAAUAUAUGGAUGCUCACAUAUACUGUACCAUUUUUUGCUUUCAAAGAUGCCAAGUAUUUUUUCAAAGGGACCAGUGGAAUUGAUAUCGACUUAAGGAGAGUGGAUAUCGAUCAAUGUAGUUCACCCGAAGGCAGUACAAAGCUGAACAUUUUUGCCUCUUCAAAUAAAUGUAAAACAGAGACGACUCAAUGUGUCUCGUUAGCUGGAUUUGGUUUUCGUCGUGGAAGUUACAAGUGUGUGUGCCGUAAAGGAUAUUAUUUUCCAAAUAUCACAAGCACCGAAAAGUCGUUCAAUGGUGUCGUAGUAGAAGAAGAGUACGAAAAGCUUAUGUUGGGGAAACCAAAUACAUAUAACGAUGAAAUAAACUUUCAGUGUAAAAAAUGUGCUGAAGGUUGUGAUGAUUGUGUGGAUUUUAGUCCAUGCAUCGCUACCUAUGACAUCAUACUCCGUAUCACAAUACUAUUAUUAACGCUCUUGGUGAUUGGGUUUCUACCAAUGGUGGCUAUAUUUACGUUUAAAUUUAGUGAUCUCAAGAUUGUAAAAGCUGCUAGUCCAGUGUUGUUACAGAUAAUAAUCUUGGGAGCUUUUUUUAUGUAUACAACGAUUAUCGUCAUGUACCCAACACCAAAUCUAGUAACGUGUACUGCGCGAUUUUGGCUCAGGGAAAUUGGAUUUUCCCUCACAUACGGUGCACUCAUGUUGAAAACUUGGAGGGUAUCUCAAGUUUUCAAAGUGAACUCAGCAAAGACCGUUCGUAUCACUGACAAACAGCUAAUUAAACUUCUGCUUCUAAUGAUCGCAUUUGUCACUGUGAUACUGUUCAUCAGGACGAUGGUGUCUCCACCACACACGAUUGUCGGUCGCACAGCAGACAAUCUUAAAACAGAUAUUUGUCCCACAGAUUGGUGGGAUCACUCGUUUUCUAUUCUGGAAGUUUUAUUCUUAAUUUGGGGUAUCCGGUUGUGUGUAAUGGUGCGGAAAACGCCGUCUGCUUUCAAUGAAAGUCGGUUUAUUUCUAUAGCCAUAUAUAAUGAGUUUAUCAUGUCCGUAUUUCUCAAUGUUUCAAUGUAA